UGAUCACAUGGUGACUGCUAGAAUGACUGAUUCAUAAUCAGUAUCAUUAUGUAAUAUGUUGUUCAUUAUUUACUCCAAUGUCAUGAGGAACUGAUACCUAUAUGAUCCACUACCAAAACAGCAUGUAAUAGACAGUUUGAAUCUGCAAUGUACUACUGCACUGAAGAUGAUGACAGCUCAAGCAGACAGAGUGAUGGCACCAAGCGAAUGGGAGGAGAGAUGGCAGGAAGGAAGGAUUGGCUUCCACCAACCUCAUGUUCACCAAAUGCUAAAGGAUAAUCUUGACAAAGUCUUGUGUGGACGAGAGCAGGUUCGGUUUUUCUUCCCUCUCUGCGGUAAAGCUGUAGACAUGAAAUGGCUGGCUGACAUGGGUCACGUGAUUGUCGGUGUUGACAUUUCUGAAAUCGGGAUAAAGCAGUUUUUCGAGGAACAAAACCUGGAGUACAAAGAAGAGCCAGUACCAGCAAUACCAGAAGCUAAAGUGUUCAAGAGUUCUGAUGCAAAGAUCUCGCUCUAUAAGUGCAAUUUAUAUGAAUUCUCCAGUGCUAUAGAGGGUCAGUUUGGAGGGAUUUGGGACAGGGGUUCUCUGGUGGCCAUAAACCCAUGUGACAGGCAAAAGUAUGCUUCUCUCAUCAUGUCUCUGAUGGACAAGGACUGCAAGUAUUUAUUGAAUACGCUGGAGUACAACCCUGAAUUGUACAAAGGGCCACCAUUUUUUGUGCCUGAAGAAGUUGUCAAAAGUUUAUAUCGUGAUGCUUGUGACAUUGAACUGGUGCAGCAUAGAGAUGCUUUAAGAGAAAAAUUUAAAGCAUGGGGAAUAGACUCUCUUCUAGAGAAGGUGUACCUGCUCACUCCAAAAGCUAACUAAUAUAUGAAGUUUUUUGUUUAUAUAUAUUAUAGUGGCAUUUUUAGAAUAGUUAAGUGAGUAGAACCUGAACUGACUGACAAAAAACCUCACUUAUUUUUAAAAGUUUAUGCAGGAUUAUUGUACUGGUUUUGUUUUGUUCAAUUGUUAAGGAAUAAAUGUAAAGGAGCACCGUG